UCUUUCAUCUUGCUCCUUAAACAUAUGUAAAGGAGGCGCAAGGCCUUUGACUAGAUCAGGGUCCAAUUUUCAUCUUCAUCAUCCUUUCUCAAUUUCAUUUUUCUUCUUCUUUCCCUCUCCUCCCUUUUUUUUUAUUUAUUUUUUCUUUUUUCUCUUUUCUGCUGAUCUGGGUUCAGAUCCCAGGUGGGUUCUCGUAAGGGAGAAUUCGAUGUAGGUUCAAAAGGGACCAAUUUUGGGUCCUUGGAUCUAGAUCUGAGUUGUUUGAUGUUUAUUUUGAUUAUUAUACGUUUGGAUUUUUCAUCCCUUUGUAACUUCGUAAUUAAUUUUAGUUUGGUACGCAAGAAGUAGAGAGGAAAGGGAGCAAUUGAGGGUUGGAUUUUAUAUUUUUCCAGUUUGAAUUUGGCGAUUUGUAAGAAAGAUAAAGAGCAGGAAGAUGAAGAAAGUUCUGGGAAGAAAAAAAAUGGUUACAAAUCAUUUUGAAACUUCUGUAAUGCAUUAAUAAAACAAGAAUUUCCCAAAUGAUAAGAAGAAUUGAAGAAUGGAAUAUUGAAGGAGAGGAAGAGUCACCGAAGACGGAGAGCCAAGACGAAGGGGGAGGAGAGAUGGGAGGCGAGGAGAUAGAGUAUAACGUUAAUUAUAAUUUAAUUUUGUUUAAUUAAGUUUUAGGUAAUGUAAUCCCAUUGCCUAUUUAGAAAAAGGAAAAAAAAGUAAUAUAAUCAAGAAAUGAAUUUUUCAAGUAUAAAAGUUAAUUAUUCAU